AGAGAUCCCGUAUGGGUGAGCAGCAAGAGGAAAGCGAUGACGAUGGUGUUCUCAUUAAUAAGGAGGGGUUUCCACUUGCACCAGAGGUUUGGCACAAAAUGUGGAAACGGGCCGAGACUCUUCAUCCGAGUGGAAAGAAAAUGACCCAUGCUAUAAGAGGUUCACAAGAUAUUCCCAAUGUACCUCUCUCCUCACCUCCUACCCUUAAGAACACUCAGUCUAUCCCAGAAAAGCUGCUACUCAUACAGAAAUACAUAUCCGAGUUACAAUAUGAUUACACGGGGUUGCAAUUCUUUGAAAUCAGGAAGGGUAGACCUUUGUGUAGACUGAUGGAUGUAGCCAAGUCCAUCAUAAGAGAGUCCUUGCCCAUCAAGUGUCUCGAAGCUGUAGUUUUAGCAAUAUAUUUGACCAGUGAUUUACCAUCAGUACAAAGAUUCCCUCUAGCUUUCAAGACAACUUUUGAAAAUAACACAUUCAAACACAUAGUACUAGGAGUGUUCUACAACGGAAAGUUUGGAGCACUGGGACUCAGCCGCAGAGACACGCUCAUGUAUAAGAGUCUUAAAUAUGAUACGUUGUACGAUCUGUUGACUGAGUUUACACGAUGUUACGAGGAUUGUUACCACCGGGUUGACAGGAUAAAGCUGGGCUUGCCAGUAAGUCACGAUAACCAAAGUAUGGAAGCUGUGAUGUGGAAAUACACUUACAUACGCCUCUCCAAACUGUCAACCAAGGAGUUCAAGCAUACGUGUGAUUCUUAUUCCAAACAGCUGAGGGGAAAGGUACAGCUGUUAGCACCUUAUCAGACAGCUCACCAAAUGAAGUAUGCUAAGCAGAGUAUGGAUGCUUCUAAAACGAUAAUUACUGAUGUGUCGGACAACUCUUCCAGUGGAAGUGCCAGAUCAAAAUGUCAGAAGUUGAAUAAGGGUAACUCAAGGUGAUUUGAUUCAACUUUAGCCUCGAAAAUCAACAUGGAAUUGGCACAAAAGAUUGUUUAGGGACAGUGUUAAUUGUCGACCAUCUGCCGGAUUUCGAAGUUUUGGUCAGAUACAACUUUUAUUUGUAUGAUGCGACAUUUUACAGCUAGUCUUGUAGGACAUGUAGGUAACAAGCAUAAAGCACAUCAGCGUGGUUUAUUUAAUGCUUGUUAUUAUUCGUGUACAUUCUUGUCAAUAAAGUCAAUUUUUGUAUUAUGGGAUUUCAGAGAUUGUCGAAAAUCUGCGACACAAACAGAAGCGGUUCUUCUAUUUUAACAGAGUAAAUAAUAUGUCCAUAUCCACGAUAUCUUUAGAUGACUGUGUGACACUCGUGACGGUAAUUUUAAUUUAUGAAGGCCGAAGGGUUAAUCUAUGUAAAGUUUUAUUUGUUUUGGUAAAAUGUGUUUUAACAAAGAUUCAAA